AUUGAAACCUGGCAUCCUGUCAUAGCCAGACGUCAGUGGUCUGCGGCUGUAGCGUUGGGUGAGUUUGCCACUAGCUUUUGUUCGGCGGACAUUAAACUAACGAGCGUUAUCCACUAGUUAUCCUUGUAUAGAUACACAGAUAGUAAACAACAUUAGCACACAAUGGUGACGUGCGGCCCACGGUUUGACUCGGUAAGUAGAUGUAACGUGCUAACUACCAGCAGGUACUGUAAAAUACUACUGGACUAGCUUGCUAACGCUGUACAUGUGAUAGACUGUUAAGACUAGAAAAAUCCCUGGCGUAUAUCUUUGUUUACAAAAAGAGUUACAAAUGGGUAUGUUCAGUGUCUUAGCCAUGAAGACAUGCUCCAAUAUAUUUUAAGGGGGUUUCUUUGAAGUUGUCCUCUUCAGAAACCCCUACGUUAGCUUCAUCCUCCUGCAUGUGUCUGCAGAUGCUUCAUUGUUUAUGCUAGUUAGGUUUUCUGUAUAGCUACAUUGAUUUUUAAGUAUACAUCAGAGGUCUACCUUAGUUGUAGAUUGACUUGAAUAAAUGACGUGUUUCACUUUGACUGUCUGGUCCCGUCGUCUCUAUGUGUGUGCUUUGAGCAUAUGAUAAAAAUCCUGGUAAGCUAACAGUGAACCGUAUAUGUACCCUCCAAUGUAAACCACAGCCAUCUAACUGUAUAAUUUUAGUGUGUUUACUUUGCUCAGGGAGUUAACCAUGGGCACGAACUAAAGCAAAAGCAGUCUGUUGUAUAAUUUGAAACAAUGGCAAUCGUUAUGGUCUGAUCCCCUCAUUGGACACGCAAGGACAUUUUUCAUGUUUACCGUUACAGUGUGGACGAAUUCAUUUCUGUUUGCAUCUCUAAAGCGGCUUCAACUCUUCUAGAUACCUGUUUUCAUCUCCACUUUUGUCUCGUUUUUGUAUGUACAGAUAGAGUAUUUCUCUGAACCCGUGGGUUGAGAAUCCAAAGGUAGUCAGACUCCUCAUUGCUGCCUGUAGGACAGAUAUCUCUUGAAGAGAUCUCUACUUUGUUCCUUGGUUGGUGUGGGGGUACUUUCACAUGUUUGCCUGGGUGGGGAUGUGUGCCAUUUUUGUGGUGUGGUGUUGUGUUGACACAGGUAGUCCUGGCCUGUCUUUUACUGCCCUGCCAUAACAAGUGGGGCUAUUUUUACAACCCCUGGUGAAAACCUGGUGUGGUAGUCAGCCAUAUUGUUGUCUCACUCAAGCAGCGAUUCUGCCUCAAGCUGCAGCUUGUGAUUGAGCCCCCUCCCAUCUGGCCAGACCAGGCUUGGGCUUUAAAUUAACACUUAGUUAACAUAAAUGGCACAUGUUAAACAUAUUAACUUGUGCAAGCUGGUGCCUGCAGAUUUCAAAUAUCCAUCUGGGGCAAUGUCAGCCACAAGACCAUAUGCACAUAUGUGUAUGAAGAGUUUGUGAAAUUUCUGCUUAAUAUAAAUGAAAUACUUUGAAGUGAGUGAAAGGAGGCAUCAACCAGAAAACUCACUCCAGUUGUUGGGACAGUUAAAAUCAAGCAUAAUACGGCCAUCACAAAGAAAAUGAUUGAACAGAAGGUAGAUUAAUUUAUUUAUUUAAAUGCUAUUUCUAGUUGUUAUUGCUUACAACUUCAAUAACAAAGUCAUCCAACUCACAUGCCUGCUGUCAGGUAACAAAGACAUGCAUUUCAGUAGUUGACAGGCUGGUUAACUCAGUUUCUCACCAUGGAGGGAGUGUUUGAUUUGUAAUGACAACCUAACAAUAGAGUCAUACCUGCUUUAAUAUGUUGGGUUUAAGUUGUACACAUACAAAUACAUUCAUGUGACUUACUUGAUACUCCCAGCUGCUCUUAACAUAUUACACACUGUUAACAUUAAUUUGCAGCAGUAAAGAUACCAGUGAGAGUAUAGCUGACCUACAGGGCACAAACAUGAUUCAUAACAUGAUGCCUCAUUCUAAAACACAUGGGGCUCUAUUUUCGUGCUUCGCCGGAGACGUGGCACAGGUGCGGCGUAAGUCAGGUCCGCCGUGCUGACAAGGCGUUCCCAAGCACAGUUUGGUAUUUUGGUGAGCGGCGCAGCCUGGCGUAAGUUUCCCCCUUCCCUAACUCAGCUCCUUCCAGCGACAUAAGUCGUAGCGAUUGAGGAGAGAGGGCGUGGAGUGGGUUUAAUACAGCCGAGACUAAUAACAUCAGCUCCUCUCCUCGCCUUUAAAUCCGCCACCGGCGAGGCAUAUUCCAGUUUUCGUGAAGUAGUCAAAGAGAUCAAGAGAUGUCUGAAGACAGUAAUGCCACACGAUGGCGACAGAAGGCAGCUCCUCAACAAGUGUCACUGUAAGCGCUGCAUUGGGCGUCCUCCACACUCUCUCACAUGAGCACAGAUGGAUUUGGUGUGUUUAAUGUUGGACCCACUGGUAAGACAAACACCCUUUUCCACAAAUAAAGACACUCACAUAAAGUUGCACAUAUUAAAACCUCACGUAACAAAGGUGGGUUGUGCGCAGAGAUCACGCGUAAAGGACGCAUCGCGCUCCGUGGCCUGGCUCUUUCUUUCAUAGAUGUUGGCAUAUGAAAUAAAUUUGGCUCACAAAACUGAAUAUUAUAAUAUUCGUAUGUAGGCUUAAAGUAAAUAGCUCAUCUGAUCACUGAAACAAAUCAUCUGUUCAGCCGCCGCAGCUGCAGCAGGACGGGGAGAGGACACGGAGACAUGUCCACGUCGAGCUGCGCGAGAAAUAAGAGGAAGAGGAAGAAAGGGGGGGGGUUACAUAUCUUGUUAUCUUCAUCAUGUGUGUCUAUUUACUAGAUAUUUAAUUUAAUUUAAUGCGGUUUCAGCUGAUUCUGUCGACACCUCCCCACGCCCAGCUUGGCGGACCUCAGUGCGCCUCAGUCCACGAAAAUACCAAACUGGCUGUACGCCGGGGUCCGCCACCCUCCGCCACGUCCCCAGUGGACACGAAAAUAGAGCCUAUGGUAGUACAAUGGAGAUGUACUGAAAGCCAUUCUUGAUGUCCCUUGUGUCUUAGUGAGAGAAGAUUCCAGGUCCUCACAGGAGUUUGUGCUGGGAAGCCUAGGCUGGACAGAGCGUGUUCUCAUGAGCUCUGGUUUUGAGCUGUUGAAAAAAGUCUGUGUUUGUGGGCACGCCAUUGUGUUUUGUAGGUAGCGUAUCUAAUUACUGGGUUUUCAUGCCUUUGGCAAGAAGGAAAUGAUAUGGCACCUGCCCAGAAUUCCAGAAUUCUCAUUUUGAUGCUGCUCAAGAAGGUGCAAGGAAGUCAUUUAUCACACACGCCAUGGUUAGUCAAGAUAGCCUAGCUAAUUUGAUCUUUUUUUAGGUAAUUCUUUCAUGCUUAAGGUUUAUUUCCAGGUAAUUUAAAACAUAAAAUUAACCUGGAUUUUCUUUAUUUUUUUUUUAUUUUUUGGCGUUACAAAUCCUUAAAUCCAAAUCUGAAAAAUGUCAGGAAAGAAAAAAAAUGUUUGUUGUACAAAGUUUGUAAAACUAAAUAAAUAAAACAAAAUAUUUGAAGAGAAAUUAAUUUAGUAACUUAAAGAUCUGUGAAGAGUCCUUGAAGUCUGCUGUUCAGUUAGUGUCUAUGUUUACUUUGUAGCAGUGAGACACUCAAGUUUACUCACUCAAGAACUUGUCUCUCAUUUGAAGAAAAACUCAAGACAUUUGUAUUUUUAUAAAUUUUUCAUACAUUCAAUUAUGUUGGUCACAGUCUCACACAGCUUUUACAUCAAUGUUUCAGUAAAUGCCUCAGGCAUUUCCAGCCCAAAUGUUGGGAAAUUGUCAUGUAGUCACUGGGGACUAUGACAGUAGUAUAUUUUUUUUAACCAGCAGCAUAGUGUGAGUAUUUUCCCAUUUUACAGUCAUGCUGACUAGACACUAUACAGUCUUGUUCUGAUUCCCACUCUGUACGCCCACUUUACUGACAACCAGCACUAAGGGCUAUCUUUUUAUUCUUUUAUACUCUGGUGCUGUGACCAAGCACUCUUCUCUUUUGUGUGGUUUAAAGCUGGCAGCUAUCAGACACUGUCUGCUGGUAGGACUGGGUUACAACAGGAACAAGGAAAAUCGGAAGAAAAUAUCAUUUUUUAGUGUGUUAUUUUCAUAUUUAAAAAUAAUGACCUAUCCCCAGUUAACAUACCUUGUACAUUUUUGUGCAAUUCAGGAUGUGUUUCAUUAGUGCAGAGUAAGGCUGCACGAUAUUGAAAAAAACAUUGAGAUUUUUUUCAACCCUGCAAUAUAUAUCGCAAUAUUAAAAAAUACAGGAAUUUUCACCAGGUACCCUGAAUAGCACUUAAUGUUAUGCUGCACCGCUGAAGUCUUGAGGACAGUUAACCUGCUCUGAUCUUACCUCUUUUUGUGAAUGUUAUUGUGGAAACAGAUGAUCACAGAACACGUGUUUUGGUCGACAUCAUCCUUCUUGUAACCGAAAUAAUUCCAGAUAACUGACUUUCCUUUUCUUUUUGGCAACAAGUUUUCAUCUUCGGUGGUUUUCUCUGUUUGUUGCUCAGUUUGUGAUCAUUGUUGUUUUAGUUACCGGGGUUGUGCUGAAAAACGCUUGUCCUCCGAGAAUUGCCUGCACCUCACAAAACACGCACUGCUUAUAGUAGAGUGGUCCAGGGAAAUGUACUAUUUAAAACCCAUACAAUUCUUAUUUGUGGGGCUAAACAGUGAUGAGUAAUGUUCCGAAAAUAAUUCUCAGCGGACACGCGUUUCUUAGCUCAACACUGGUAGCAACUCACUCCAUGUGCAGAACAUGUGCAGGGGCGUGGUUUCCUCCUCUCUGAUUUUGAUUGACAGCUGGCAGGGUAGUCUGAUUGGCAACUGAGUAAAGAACGAAGGUGAUUGGUGGAUCGCUGCACAGCACAUGCACAGUCACAUGGAGGGUAUCUCAGUCAGCUACCCUUGAAAUUAACUGAGUUCAUUUGCAGCCCUAGUGCAGAGGAUUGUCUGUGGUGAGUGUCUUUAUUGUCAUAAGAUGCGAAGUUGGUUGUUGUUGGCUAUAUUUGUGUAACUCACUAUGUCAUACCCCCUGCAUGCCAGUGCCAGUUAAAGCUGUAUCUGAUUCUAUCUAGUAACACAUGGUUGUUUCCAGACAACAGCAGUGGCUUAAUAAGAAAAGAGUGGUUGGCACCCAACUAGGGCUGCACGAUUAAUAGAUUUGAAAUUGUAAUCGGAUUAUUUGAUCAUGACAAUGUUGAAAAAAUUUAAAUCAUCAAUUCAAUUUUCCUGUCUAUCACGUCUUGCACCUCCAGGCCACUGUAGGCCCCACCUUCCUGCAAGAGUGCUCCCUAGUUCCCACACACACCAGUGUAAACAAACAUGGCGUUUGCUAAAGAAGGCGAUGAUUUCAUGGCUAAUUAGGGCAAGAGCAAGUCAGUCGUGUGGAAUUGGUAUGGCUUUGUAAUUUUGGACGAAGAGCAAACCAAGUCUGUCUGAAGACGAUAUUAAUCUGUUCACAUGUCCCCGGCCCGAAUUCAGGAGUAAAUGCAAAAGUUUUUUGCCGUAUUGGCAUUUAAUCCAUAUGGAAACGGCAUUUCGGGGCACUGUAAAUGGUACUUUUUGAAAGUUUUUAGAGCAAAAAAAAUCUGGGCCAAAAUCAUGCAGCCCUAGCUGUAUCUGAUUCUAUCUAGUAACAGAGGGUUGUUUCCAGACAACAGCAAUACUCUCCUGAGUGGCUUAAUAAGGAAAGAGUGGUUGGCACCCAACAACACUUCAGCUCCUUGGCAAACCUUUCUGUGAGUGCUGCAUGCUGUGAUAGAAGUAAAAACAGAACCUUUGACAGGAGCAACAUUAACUUUUGUUCCCCUUAAACCAGAUCCUCAAGUAUUGGCAUCAUUACAAAAUAAUUUUUUGAAGUAUCUGUGGACAGGUAGAUCGGAGGUCAAGUAGCUAAAGAGUUUUUUCUAUUUAUAAGUGUAUUUUAUACAGGGCUAAGUAUGUCAUAUGUUCAUUGCAUAUAUAAGAUGCUGGCAGACAUUGAGGAAGAAAUUGCACUGCUACAUAGAAAGACUGUCUUAAGUCUGUGUUUCCUUUUGGGGAAAAAAAGAUCCAGAAAUCAGCUGGUCCUGAUGAUUUUCUUUAUUGUUCUUGAAUUUACUCUAAACCUUUGUUAAUUUUUUAAAAAUCCUUCUUUUAAAAGUGGUAGGACACCUGAGUUCUGAAAGGCAGCAUGUGUGACUCCAGUUUUGAAAGGUGGAGUAUCUUCUCCCAAUAGUUCAAGAACCACACCUCAUCUCUCAUCUAUUUUAGCCAAAAUACUGGAGGUAAUUAUUAGUAAUCAAUGGACUUUUAUACUUCUAUAUGGCAUUCACAAGGAAUUACACUCUGGGUUCACAACUAACAUUACUCAAGAUGUUCAAUGGCUCCUUUCUGAGGAGAUGGAGAGAAAGAAAACACAUUUGAUUGCAGACUGUUAGAUUUGGAUAGCUGUUCCUCGGAUGAAAGGGGUGAUUGUCUCCCAUUUGGAAAAUUGGGGUUCGGUCCCAAAGCUGUCCACAUGCCUUUGGGCAAAACACUUGACCCACCAGCUGUGCCCAGUGGUUUGAAUGUUAUUGGUCAGAAACUGAUGAGCUCUAUACAUUGCAGUCUCUGCCAUGUGAAUGUGACAUGUGAUGUGAAUCACUUUGAGCGGUCAGAAGACUAGAGAAAGAACUACAUAAAACAUAAACUAUUUACCAGACCCUGGCGAGAUCACUAAAUAUGGGUCCUCACUCACUACAUUAAAGGGCUGUCAGUAUCAAGAUCAAAUAUAACAUAAAGUUUUAUCUUUGCACUGAUGAUGCAGAAGAACGUGUUUUUCUUCCUUGUGCAGCUUUAUUGUAGAAGUGAGUGAGUGUACGAAGGAAAUUUCUUGAAUCAAGACAUGUUGUCUAACAUGCAAACAAGACCUGACUGAUGUGAUUCUUCAGGUUAAAGGAUGGCAGGUAAAGAUAGCUUUGAGAGUUUUGUUUGACACUGAGAUCUUUUGAAUCUGUUUCAUGUAGAGAGGGACCAACGAAUUGGACAGGCUGAUAAUUGGCACUUGGGGAAAAAGUGUCAGCUAAUACCUGCGCUCACAGGGCAAAUAUAAACGAAGAAUGUUUGCAGAUACUGCAGGCAGCCAGAGGCCUGUACUAUGAAGCUGGAUUUGGUCUUCGCGAGAUAACUUCUGGAUAACUUCUGGGUUUUCCGUACUACGAAGGUGGAUCUCUUUUUAUCCGGGUCCGUUGCCCAGGUAACUUAUGCGGAACGCCAAACCUGCUCCGGACCAGGUUAUGUUUGAGGAUAAGAUCUCAGCGGGUAUAAAAGACCGCCCAAUGACCAAUCGGAUGUCUUGGAAAAUGGCUUGCCCACUUUUGCCGGAUCCCGGGGACAUCAUUGCACGGAUAGUGAGAGGAGCAGUUCGCCGAGAGCGUUAUAUUCAUGAUCGUUCAAAUCCGUUUGAUUUACCUGAUGAUGUUCUAUAUGAACGUUACAGGUUUUCCUCGGACGGCCUCAAUAUUCAGGUAGCAUGAAGUCUAAGCAAUGCACUAAUAUUUGCCAAGCUCCAGGUUCCAAUUUCAUGCGGCAUAUCAGUCAUCAUUCAGAAUUUAUCGAAGCAGAUGAGAAAACUCUUAAACUCAAAUGUGUCUGCAGAUGACGUGACCAUCAGAUGAUGGAGAAAAAAGAAAAAAAGGCAGUGUGAGGAAAUCACUGUUUACGCGUUGAAAUAUACAAAUAAAAUCUUCCAAUAAACUUACAAACUACUUUAAAGGAUGUUUUUUAGAUUUAUUUUUAUUUGCUCCCACGUACUCUUUUCCCCACUGCUGUUGUAUCUGAAAUAAUGAGGUCAAUGAUGGAGGUGAUCACACACGCUGCAUGACAACAUAUUAGGGGGCCAUAAAUUUAUGAACGCACAAAUGUAAUUUACACAAUCAAUGAUUUUUUUUGCCAGCAGUCCCUCCGGCUUUUAGCGGCUGCAGCUGUCCUGCUCCUCACUGAUAUAAUGUUGCGGUACUCCUCGUAUUUGCGUAAAAUAAUGCUCUGUUCUUCGGCUGUGAAAAAUUACGUGCAGCCUUCUCCAUUGUGGAGAUUGGUCCGGUGGCACUGACCCCACCCCCUUUAUGUUUGCGCGCACAGAUCUGAAGUGGCCACACCUGGAUUCAGUUAUCGAGUCGAUAACCGGCUUCGUAGUACAGCUGAUCGGGAUUGCGGAGAUCCGGUGAAGUUGAGCGAGUUGUCGCAGAGUUAUCCUGGAUGUGUUAAUCCAGCUUCGUAGUACAGGCCUCUGGUCUGUGUGGCUGCUGUGUCAGUAAUGUUACUAUCCCUUAAUAUACUAAGACAUUGAACCAUCCUAAAUAACACCAUAUGAGAUCUAACACACAGUUACUGAUAAGUGGGAUGAGAGUUUCAUGUAUAUUUUGUCAGAUCUGCAUAUUCUUCAUUUUUUUCCUCGAAGAAAAUCUGUCAGAAAGAUUUCAGAGUGAGACCCCCCUCCAACACCCUCCAGAAAACAAAACAAACCCUAGCUACAGCAAACUCUGUUGGGUUUAUUCUUUUGUAAUGUAACAUAUCCUGUCCAGAACUUUGCAAUUCUUUAGUUUUAGAUUUUAAGACACACAUCUGAAAUGUUGUUUCUCUGUAAAAUGUUUGUUCUCAUGUGUUUUAUUGUUGUCUUAUUUUGAAAACUACUGAUUAGAUAGCCCUAGCCUUGGCACAAUGUUGUUGUUGUUGUGAAUCAGAGUUAAAGCUCAAAUGUGGAUUAAUAAAUUACCAGUGAAAUAUUUUUAAUGUGAUUGCUAAGAUGUCUUAAACAAGUUGGGUUGUUGAUCUCUUUCAGAUGAAAAUGGGCAAAAAUUGCAGUUGGACUUCAAAUUGAUUCCAGCGUUCACGUUUAUUGCCGCUUCCACCUGACGCCUAUUUCCCCCACCGCUCUUAUUGGCUGCUACCUGUAAUUUUCAAGAUGGCAGCUAUGUCUCCUCUCUGGAAGUGCCACUGACCUCCACCCUGGACUUCACCAUGGAGAGAAAACGCAGAAAGAAAUUAAUCUAGCUGCUCAGGCCAUUUGCAAUAUGGACUCAUUUUUGGAGCUCUGGACCUGAAACGCUUCUUUCCAACACUGACCCUGAACCAGAUUUUAGCUACUCAUCCUGUAUUUGAAACAGCGCCCCUGCUGUUGGAGUUUGGAAGGAUCAGGUCAAAGUGGUGCUUUGUACCACUUCAUAACUCAGAAUGAUCCUGCUUCCUGUGUGGGCUUCCAUGCUGUUGGGACUGCUGGUGGGCUUCCUGCCUUUGGUGGGGAUGGAGCCGACUGGGGGAGCCAAAUCUGGUUCCGACUCCACCCUCAAUUUGGAUCCCCUCCCUUCAUCAUCUGGCUCCAACUGUUCCUCUCAGUUAACCCUCAAACUGGAGUUCUCCUCCAAGGUGGUCGAGCACGGUAAGAAGAAAUUUUUCAGAAAUGUUCCUGUAGUCUUGACAAGGUGUAAUAACACUUCAUUUCAUAAUGUCCUCUAAUGAAUGAAUGAACCAAACCAAUUUAUGGUUGCAUUUGCUCCAAGUGAAAUUAGUCUUGAUGUUUCCUCCACAAUGGAACCAGGGCCAGUUAUGCAAUACAGCUGGAGUGUUCAGUUUUUGUAUGAAAACAAAUACCCAGUUCAAUUGCUGGAUGUCAAUACAGAUGUCAAGUUCAGAGUAUGAGUGGGUGUAAUCGCAGGACAGGGCUUUUGGUUGCUCUGAGUAAUAUGUUAGAUUAUGGAUAACAUGACCUGCUCAGUUUUUGCCACUAUGGUGUUUUUUUUUUACAGAGAGUGUAAAAAGAACAACAAUUAGCUUCUAUAGUCAUCCCCCUACCUAACUUUUCAGGUCAGAUUCAGACCCUGUCAUGAACUUUUUUUUUUAUGUCAACUUCUUAUCAUGGCAAGGUUAGAGGAGGCUACUCUGAGAGUUAAGGAAGUGGGCUUGUGGAGUGGAGGGUGGAGAUGGAAGAGACAGUUGCAAACAUUAAGGAUUUCAGAAAGAUGCGGAAACAGGCAGCGUCCAGAUUAGAUUGAUGAGUUGUUUGAAGAGUGAAUCAAGAGGAUGUUUUUAAUAUUUCUAACUUUGUCAUCUGUCUCAGACUGUAUGAUUGUGAUUUUCCCUUGUGUUAUUGUCUUUUCUCUUUUGGGUUAUUGACUCUUGUUGCUGCUGGAGUAAUGCUGUGCUGUUUGUCAAAAUGUCUCCCCCCCCCCCCCUUUCCACAGAGUACAUUGUUGGAUUUACAGGGUAUUUCUCAGCCAAAGCUCGCAACCUGUACAUCAGCAGUGCUCUGCGGAGUGGGGCUGAAACAGUGGAGUGGCACAUCGUUCCCAGAGAAAACCCAGCAUCUGACUUCCCCAGUGACUUUGAACUGGUCCACAUACGUCAACCUUCACCCACCAGCUUGAAGACUCUAGAAGACCAUCCUUACAUCAAGAGGGUGACACCUCAACGCAAAGUGUUCCGUGUGCUCAAAUAUGUUCCCUGUAAGUGUUGACAAGAUGUUGUAACAGUGUGGGAAUAAGGAUAGCCGUGCCUUCGAAAUACAAAACUCUGCAGAGAUACAAUGAGCUUUUUGUCCUCUACUGUCCCUUUGUUUGUUGAAUCAGAGGAUGCAUUACUGUGUUUGAGAAGUGAGACAGGCUUGUGUGUCUUAAUGUAAGAUUCUGGCCAACUUAGGGGUGUUGAUGCCGGAGAGGGUGUGUUUGGUGUUGGGGGAUGGGAGGAAGGACAGAGAACGUCAGUGUUUGCUCCCCCCCAGGAGGGGCUGGGUGAGUCAGUCACUGUGCGGUUGGGCUUGCCUGCCCAUGUGGGGGGGAAUGGGACUGUGCUUGGCACUGGAAUAAAGCCUUCAGUGUACCCUCAGCCUACGUACACAUGCAAUAACAAAAUGAGGGCCAUGUGUCGCACUUAAGCCCUUCAUGUCCAGAGCUUUCUUGACCUAGAACAAGAAAGAUUGAACAUUAAAAUCACUGUCAAACUUUUCUACAUCUGAAAUUACAUUCUCUUUAGGCAAAAAAAAAAGUUCUUUGAUGUAUGUGGCUUGCUUUGUUCUCUUGCCACAACUUAUAAGGGCCUUAAUCAUUUCCUAUUGAUGGAAACUCUUGAGAGAAAGUGCUGAUAGUGUAACUCACUAAAAGGGAGUUCACUGAAGUGACUGAACUUUCUGUGCGGAAUGCAUGCGUGGAGGAACAUCGGUUACUGUUAUACGUAAUUUACAGUACAUGCUCUGAAUUCGGUAGAAGCAAACGGACUUUCAUCAAUCAGUUUCCAGGGGGAUGGAGAUUGCUCUUGAUUAGAAAUGUGUUGCACUGGUCUUUUUGUGGCCUCAUGAAACACACAGAAAAACAGACAAACAUCACAGAAAGAGGUAGACUAUCAGGAGGUAGGGAUGGGCCAGUGUUUUCCCUACAUUCAUUCGCCACUGCUGAAUUACGUGUGCCGCUACUGAGAUUUCAACAUGAUCAUUAAUAUCAAUGCGCCACUAAUGAUUUCUACUCCCACUGUGUGAGCACAACACCCAAUGUUAUUUUCAACUUGUUUUGAGUCUUUAACAAGCGCAUCAAAUCCUGUCUGACCCUCUUUCAUUAAUGUGAAGAGUAAUGUUUGAGCUUAUGCAUGGUCUAUGUAGCAAGUAACCUGGGUAAUGUAGCGCAACCUGAACGUAACAGUGUAGCUCCUUGAGCGGCAAGAGAGUGGGGGAAAACACGAAAUUUUUUUAUUCAGUGACAACUUUACCAAACUUCACUUUAAUAAUAAGGUUUUCUAUCAUCUCUCAAAAGAAAACCACUGAAAUGAUGUAGUGCAUAUGCCAAGCCAGUAAGGAAAUGCACAAAAGACAGAAGAAGAGUACAGAGCACGUGUAUAAAGUUUGUUUUGGCCGAACAUGCGCAUGCACCAUAAAAGAGUUACACUGCGUGUCACAUAAUCGUUAUAGGGAUGCAGAUAGGCAUCCUCACAGAGAUGAAAUGGUCGUUGUUUACAGAUUUAUGCACUCUGACCCAUUUUCAAAAUGUACCGUUUACAGCCACCCGAAAUGCUGUUUCCGUGUGGAUGAAAUGCUGAUACGACAAAAAACGUUUGCGUUUACUUAUGAAUUUGUUUUUGUGUGGACGGGUUGAUACCGCCUUCAGACAGACUUCGCAGCGGGGAGUGGUUUGCUCUUCAUCAGAAACUGUGAAGCCGUACCAAUUCUAUGUGACUGAUUUGCUCUUGCCCUAUUUGGCCACAGAAUUAUCACCUUCUUUUUCAAAUGCCAUGUUUGUUUACACUGGUGUGUGUGGGAACUGAGGAGGGGGAGCCUACGGUGGCCUGGAGGUGCAAGACAUGAUAGAGAGGAUAUUUGUUUGAUGAUUUAAAUUUUUUUAACAUUGUCAUGAUCAAGUAAUCCCAUUACGAUUUUAAGUAGAUUAAUCGUGCAGCCCUGAUUUAAAUCCUAAACUCUUUUACUCUUACACUAAAUUCACAAGCCCAAUUCCUAAAAUUUUGGGUGCUGUAUAAAAUGUUAAUUCAAACCAAAACUGAACUCAGCAUAUAUUAUUCAAGUCAUACAAGUCAAUUAGUCAGUUUUAGCAUUUGAUACUUUUUCUUUUCUUUUUUCUCAACAUUGCCUUCAUGAUUUGUAAGCAAAAUUAAAUUCAAAUUUAUCAUCAAAUUUAGUUUUUAUUGACAUUUACACAAGCUUCCCCACUGUGUUGGAAUUGGAGCUGUACUAAAGCCCCACUAUCUUAUUUUAUUCAUAGUGAUUUAAAAUGUGUUAAGAUUGUUAGCAUGACAUUGUUGGACCAGUGUCAUGUCUCAGAUGCAAAGAAUAAUGAAGAUUGGAAGGUGGGAUAGAAAGAAGAGGAAGAGAAAGAUGGCUCAACACGGAGAUGAUUAACAGAGAGACGGUGUUGUCUGGGAAAAAAAGCUCAAUUGGUAGACAGCGAUAACUAUGUAUUGAUGUGCUGCAGUACUUCAUGAAGUGUGGAUUUAGCAGCCUUGUGAUUGAUACUGCCUCUCUAAGUCCCAGAUAUAGUUCAAGCUAUAAAAGCGAGGUAGUUUUAAUUUCACUAUCUGACUCUGUAGUUGUCUGAAUUAAGGAUGUAGCAAACCUAACUUUGCUGGUGUUUUUUCUGUCUACAGCACCUGAGCCCACUGCACCUUGUAACACCACCCGUGGGACACAAAAAUGGCAAUCUUGGCAAUCAUCUCGCCCUUUUCGACGAACUAGCCUGUCACUGGGCUCAGGGUUUUGGCAUGCCACUGGUCGCCACUCCAGCCGGCGUCUUUUACGGGCAAUCCCUCGACAUGUUGCUCAGAUCCUGCAGGCAGAUGUACUCUGGCAGAUGGGGCACACAGGUUUGACCUUUGACCUUGCUCUAAUAGAGUGCUAGGACAGUAUGAAUUUAAACAAAGACCAGAAACACAAAUUUCAAGAUGACUUUGCUUGACUUCUAUUUUAUGUCCUUUGGCAUGUUGUUACAGGAGUUAUUAGUGCCCAUGAAGUUUGCUUAUAUGAGCUAAUUGAAUUUCCUGUUUCUGUGUGUUCAGGAUCUGGUGUGAAGGUGGCAGUUUUUGAUACAGGCCUGAGUGAGAAGCACCCACAUUUUAAGAACGUUAAAGAGAGGACCAACUGGACAAAUGAGAAGACUCUGGAUGAUGGUUAAGAUGACAAUUAUUCUAACGACAUGAAUAUCAUUAUCAUGAUAAUAGUAUUAUAAUAUAAUAAUAACCAACUGCAUCUUCUCCAUGGUCACUGUAUCACUCUUAUCUCCUCCUUCAGGUCUGGGCCAUGGUACAUUUGUGGCUGGAGUGAUAGCCAGUAUGAGAGAGUGCCAGGGCUUUGCACCAGACUCAGAGCUGCAUAUCUUCAGAGUGUUCACCAAUAACCAGGUACACACAUAUGCUCUCACCAUCCCUAUCAAAUGUACCUCAUCAAAUCUAGUUUAGGUUCUGGAAAAAUGAUCAAACAUUUGUAAAAACUGUUCAUCCAAGUAUUAAAAGAAACUCAGAGAGACAUUUGUUACAGCAGUUAGAGGGAAAGUGAGUUUAUGGCAGUUGUAUGAGGUACAAGGUUUUCAACCUGCUGCAGGGUCAGUGUUACCAUUGAAUUCAAAUAACUUUAUGAAAGUACUCUGAACCUUGUAAUAUGGUCAUUAGAGUUCAUAUCCUAUUAAGAAUAUUUUCUGCACCUUUCUUUGCCAACACAAAGCUGCUUUGUUCUUGCACAAUGUGAUUUAAGAGAACAGUUUGUAAUUUUUGAGUAAUAUGCCAAGAAAAACAACACGUGAUGCAAAUUUGUUGCCUCUGGAGUGGUGCCAGUCCUCUCAUCCAACUUCAUCAAGUGUGUAAAGAAUAGUUUGGCAUUUCCUUUUAACCUUCACUCUUUGUUAUUCAUUUUGCUAAAAUUUAAACAGUACAAGUGCUCAUCCAAGAGAAGAGAAACAAAAACAAAAACAAAAAAACAUGUAAAGUCAGCAAAAUAUUAUUUUUGUUAAUACUGUCCACUCUUUCAUAGAGUGAUUCAAUUAAGCUCCACCACUUCAACCUCAACCUUGUAUUUUCAAACCAUACCAAAUCAUGCUGUAAUAACGUUGCUCCAGAGUGUGUACUUGCACAGUCUUCUGUCCUGCCAGCUGUUCCUUACUCUUGCCAUUUCACCUCUGUCGAGACUGCCUAAAAUGCAAGCUUAAAGGGAUAUUCCUUUGUGAAAUUAAGUUAGGGUCAAACUCACCGUAACACUGAGUUAGACACCCCCUCGAGAGAUGAUUGUUGCUAACUGCUUACUUCUCUAGUUAUACCAAUUUUAGUAACGACCGCACUAUAGCAAUACACAGAGGUCUAGGUUUCCACGAGCAAACCUCAACCAAAAAGCCACUCUAUAGUCACAAAUGAUGCUCGGAACAGCACCUAACUUCAUCAACAGAACAUAUAGGGUCCCAGCCAUAGUACUAGCCACCAAACAUCUUUUUAGCUUUGCCUAAUUUCUUUAGCAAAGAGACCAAACACAACUCACCCACUCUCCUCCAGUAGCUGCUUAUUUUUGGGGGGAGCCCUGACGAGUCGAUCACAGAGUACAGCAGAGUUUCACAGCUCAAGGAAGAACAUUCAUGAUCAUUACUUCACGGAAAUGCAAUCAGACCAAGACACUAAGGCAGAAGAGCUACUGUGUCUGCAAUGCACAUACAAAAUACACAACAACUCAUAUCCAGAAUGUCCCUUUUAAAAGCUGAGACUCCCCACCUUUUGUUUUUAAACCAUCGUACCUCUUAUGUCACAUUGUAUAUGGAGCUAUAUUCAGCCUUCAGAUUUGAACAAUUCCCUCUGUCCUUGGAGCACAGCAAAUUCAAACAUGUCUGUGAGGUAUAAGUUGGCGUAUCUGGUGCAGCUAAUUGUGAAGAAGUCAUCAGUUUUGAGCGGACAUCAUCAUAACCAGAAUUGAACACUUCCUCGUGACAGUAAUUGUUUAAAAUCCGUCCUUUAGUCUAACUGCAUCGUACCAUUUAAAUAUAUGUGUAUCUAUAUUUAAAUUUCCUCCCACCUCAGGUAUCGUACACUUCAUGGUUCCUUGAUGCUUUCAACUACGCUAUCCUGAAAAAGAUUGAUGUUCUCAACCUGAGCAUCGGGGGGCCUGACUUUAUGGACCACCCCUUUGUUGAUAAGGUAAAAUACAAAUUUUCAGUGCAUGCUGUUUCAAAGAGAGAUACAUGGUCACAUGGCAUCGUUGAUGAGAUAUUUUAUGGGGGCGUGGUGUUACAUCUCAGCAACACUAAUGGAACUUCCCUAAUAGAGUACAAACAUGUCAACUUCAGAGAAUAGCAAGUUGCAACAGCUGAAUACUGCUUUUUCCUAACGUGAAACUGCACAGUUGUCACUAGUACAUGAUAUGAUAAUAAAUGUGUUUUUACAUUGAACAUACUGCAUAACUUGAUGGGAAAUAAGGAUGUAUUUGUAUCUGAUGUAUAAAUGUAAACCUUUUCUUAAAGUUGAUUCAGUCAGCCUUAGUCUAGUGCUGAGCUGCCAGCUGACUAACACGUUACAGAGAAGAAUGGCUGUGAGGUUGCUUUUAGGAGAGUUCGACAAAACAGCUGUUUCCUUGAUUAAAUGUGGCCAACACAAUGAAUGGCACUUUUCACCACCUUCUUAUUUGUUCCCCAGCUUAUAUUCUUACACCCUCUGAUUCCAGCUGUAAUUGAGCAUCCCAUUAGAAACAUGCACUUCACUGUGCUUCACUGUGGGACAGCCUUUACCUGUUCUUGUAUCACACACACACACACACACACACACACACACACACACACCAACCCCCCACUCUAGGCGAUGUUAAUGAGAGACCUGAGCCUGUUUUGCCUUGCAAAGAUCCUCAAUUCUUGGUGCAAUGUUUGAUAAAACAAAUCAAAUGGAACCCUCUGAGACCAACAUCUCUGUUCAUUUCCAUGUUUGAUUGACAGGUUUGGGAGCUCACUGCCAACAGGGUGAUCAUGGUGUCUGCUAUUGGCAAUGAUGGACCUCUUUAUGGGUAUGCAAAUCACUCUUUCUUCCUAAUGUAGGAAUUUGCCGCCAUGAAAAUAAUGUAUCGUAACACAUGCUAAAAUAUUCCCACUCCUGUUUUAAUGAGUUUUUUUAAAAUCCUCUUCCAAAGUCUUAAGAGAGACUUUUAUCUAGAAAAGACUCUUUAAAACUGUUAGUUUUCAUGAAAAGAGGUAAGUUUAAAUGACACUGACUUCAAAAGUGUCAACAACAUAUACAUGUGACAGGAGCUGUUACUUAAGCGUAGGGCUGCAACUAACGGUUAUUUUAAUAAUUGAUUAAUCGGUCGAUUAUUUUUUUCAAUUAAUCGUUGAAUCAGAUACAAAAACAUUUGAAAUUUCAACCUCUUUAUUUCAAAAAGGAACAUUUAAACUGACAGAGCAAAUGAGUGCCCAAAAACAGGUUGCUACUUGAAUGUACUGUUACAAUAGUAUUAAUUACAAUAAUAAUAAUAAUAAAUAAUAAAAAUUAUAUAUAUACAUAUAUAUAUAUAUACACAUAUAUUAUUAUUUUUUUUUUCACAACAUCCACAGAGUUUACUUUAAUUCUGUUAAUACCGCCUCUGCCUCGCCUUAUGUUCAACUCCCUCUGCAGGUUGAGAUGUCUAAGUUAAUGGCUGGCUCUGUGUAAUGGCAAGUGACGCAUAAGUCGCGCAACACAACAAAUCGAUAAUUAAAUUUGUUGCCGACACUUUUAAUAAUGAAUUUUUUAUCGAUUUUAUCGAUUCGUUGUUGCAGCUCUACUUAAGUGAGAACGUUUUUUGCUUUCCAAUCACCUCUUUGACCACUUCUACCAUCCAAAUCACUUCCUGCCCAAUAAGGCUCUGUUACCGUGUUCAGUGACUGAAAAAACACUGAAAGGAUAAAAAAGAGAGAUUGAUGUGUUUUGUUAUGCUGUGGCAUUGAAGUGCUGAAACACUCGUUACUGAAAGUGUUGCUCCUCCUCUCUCUCUCAGCACUCUAAACAACCCAGCAGACCAGAUGGAUGUAAUUGGGGUUGGGGGAAUCGACUUUGAGGACAACAUUGCAAGGUUUUCCUCUAGAGGCAUGACCACCUGGGUGAGUAACUCCAGGGACACACACCACGCACCACACAGACACACACUGUACCCUUAAUCAGUUUGAGAGCAGACAUCUACUCCAGAGACCUACCUUAUGCCACAGAGCUAGUCAACCAUAAUGUAAGCUCCUGAGCCGUCAUCCACAUCCAAUCAAGCUUUCUUCACGCAGACACAUACGCACACUGCUCUUUUUAUCAGUCACAGCCCAAAGCAGACAUCUGAUAAAGGCUCCUCUCUCAAAUCCAGUCAGUCUCUCUCCCUGUGCACCCAUAGCCGCCCUCAGCCAGCCUCUGAAAGGCAGGAGUAGCAGGACUCUCUCACUAACCUACCUUUGGCCCAGACCAGAAUCCAUCAAGCGUAUAUUUUAACGUCAUUUACUACAACUCUCUUUUUCCCUUUUCAAGUUAAGUCCUCUUGGCUGUCCACUUUGUGCGUCGUCUUGUUUUUAGCACAUAAGCCGGGGUUACCUACAUAUUCAACAGUUGCUGAUUUGUAAGAGGAGCUGCAAACUGACUCUUUGACAGGAUGUGACUUCAUCUUAAAGAUUUUGAAUUGCAUCAUAUUUGCUUUUAUAUAAAAUUGAUCUUUUAUUUUAAGAGAUGGUACAAUAUGAAUGUUUAGCAUGGGCCCGUUUGUGCUUUGCAAAGGAGUUGUUCAGUUUCCGUCUCAAUCUUCGUCUUACCCAUCAUGUAUCCCUCUAUGUGCAGGAGCUUCCAGGUGGCUAUGGCAGAGUGAAGCCUGACAUUGUCACCUAUGGUUCUGGUGUCCGAGGAUCAGGGAUGAAGGAGGGAUGUCGCUCUCUCUCCGGCACUAGUGUGGCCUCCCCUGUAGUAGCUGGAGCUGUUACUCUCCUUGCAAGGUCAGUUUUCAUGAGGUGUAAAGGAUUUCCUCAUUUGUCUUGUGAUUUCCCAGCCACAAAAUCAUGGCUCAAGAGCUGUACCAGAAAGCCUGCAUCUGGAUGCCCUAGACUUGUGCUUGGUAAACAGAAGUGUCUCAACUCAAAAAGGCAAACCUAAUCAAAUUACAAAACUGAAUGUAAACAGGUAGACGAAUGACCUGACAGCAUAAAUGUUCAAUUCAUUGGUGCCCCUAAAAGAAACAAGCUCUUGCAUUAUUUUGGGUUUCACAAUAAAUUUUGAACAUCAAAUUUUAGUUUUGAAAGUGUCUCACAUCCUUUUAGGGGGCUGCUACAGCAAGCUCACCCACAGCCUCUGCUUCUUAUUGGGUUUUCCUUUUUUAUGUUAUCAAUAAUUUGGCAAUUUUUAUAUGUAAUCAUCAAUAAAGGUAUGUUGCAACAGCCACAAUUGUUGGCCUUAGUCGUAUACUGAAAUAAUAAGCAUUUCUUUUCAACUUUGAAGUUUGCAUGUUCAAUGAUGGAAACCUGAGGUGAUUUAGACAGAGUGCUGUGUUCUCUGAACUCCCUCUAUCCCUGCUGCAGUUAAAACACUCGAAGUAAAAGCAUCUAAGGAAGGGUGUUGUUACAGCUGGCUUUAGGAGGAAAUUGACAUCAGAGGUCUUUUUGUCUCUUGUGCUGUAAUCGUAUAUGAACAGGCAGAGUUAUGUGUCCCCCUAGGAAGGAGGUGUGUUGCAGAUUAAUGUAAGGUGUUAUUCUCAGUCUGUCAAUAUCUGCCAUACAGGCAGAAUGUGUUCUUGUUAUAUGGCUGUAAGUGAGGCCAUUUGGUGAGCUCAUAUCACUGAGUUGAACGGCAUACCAUUUUUGUUGACAUCAGGGACCUCUCUCACCUCUCAUCUGGGGUUGUACUGUACUAUGAACCCAGGUCAACCCAUACCCUGACUUUCGUUCAGUAAUCUGGCAUGACAAAGCCUUAAACUCCGGUUAGAUCCAGCAGACAUUACACAGGGUCAUGAACCAACUCUGUGAACUCAAGCUUUCUGCUUCAGACUUUGUGUGCACUACAGACUUACCUUAGCUGAUGAUGGACUGUGCACUGACCCUCUGAGAGCACUGCCAGGUGGAAAUCAAGAAAAAGAGGAUACUGUACCGCCAACACUUUCAACAUAACCUUGAUCAUGAAUGCAGCAUAGGCUAUUACAGGGAAAUCAAGCAAUAGACAGAAACAAACUAACCCAGCCUCCUGCUCUGUUUUCCAGUACUGUUCUGAACAGGGAGUUGGUGAACCCGGCGUCUAUGAAGCAGGCUCUGAUUGCCUCAGCCCGUAGGCUGCCAGGAGUCAACAUGUUCGAACAGGGCCAUGGAAAGCUGGACCUGAUCAGAGCCUACCAGAUCCUCAACAGUUACAGACCCCAGGCCAGGUAAAAACUUUUUAAGGUGUGAGCUCUUAGAUGAGGUCUGAGUUCAGUCUUUCACUAAUACAUUGACUUUAUGUGGACUUUACAAGACUCAGCCCUCUCAUGAAAAAUGAGUGCAAAUAUCGGCACUCAUUGACAAAAAUUACACUAUGGCAAAGAGACCAAUCCAGUACUGCAAAAGCCCACUCUCUGGAUGAGUACAUAGAGCUGAAAAGGGCAAAAUCAGUUACGGUGUACAAUAGGGCCUCACUGAAAUGUCUUGAAGUAUUAUUCACUCGCCAUCUGCAGUCCUACAUGUGUCUCUGAAAAGUAAAUAAACAUGAAAAAGGCAAGGAGGUUAUUCUGAGUAAGUGGCGUGAAAAAUUAGCUUUCAGAAUUUAUUUUAAAGAAUAGACUACUGAUUGUAGCAAAACAGUUUUAUAACUAGAAAAAUUGCAUUUCCUUGCAGAAAAUGCGUGGAAAUGCUGAGUGCUGAAAGCUGAAAAAGCUAUGCUAAACUGCUAAUAAAACAUGGAGAAAGGUAUAAAUGUUAAAGCUGUUGAAGGGGUGAAAAAAGAAAUAUAAGUUGGAGAAUCGUUUAAUUGGUUGAAGGACAAAUAGUUUGAAUAUGCUCUAUAAAAGGAAAAUUUAUUCAUGCUAAAAGAGGCUAGAAAAAUGUCUAAAAUUGCACAAAGUUUGAAUGAAGAAGGAAACUGCCUUAAAAGGCAGGAAGGUGAGAAGUGGCAUAAGUUUAAGUUGUGGUACUAGAAGUAGUAUGAUAAGAAGUCAAGUCGUGAUACUAGUAGUCAUGUAAGCAGUAGAAGUAGUUUUAGAAUAAAAGAAGUAUAAGUCAAAGUAGUAGAGAAAGUAGAAAUAGUAGCAAUAGCAGUUGAAGUAGAGGGGAAAGUACUCGUUUAAUUGACAUUAACAGUAGUUGUAGCUCUAGUAGUGGGAUUUUGUUUGAAGGAUGGAAUAAUGCAUAAAUAUUAAAACUAAUUUAAAACAGGGAAAAUUUAAAUAAUUAAAAAUCCUCAAGUAUCAGAAAGUUUUUAAGUAUUAGAAAGGUUUGAAUCAGUUUGAAUGAGUUUAAAUUAGAGUGACUUUAAAAUGAGAAAAAUUUAAAUGAAUAUAAAUCCUGAAUACACCCCAUAAUGUCCUCAAUGAGCUUAAAUUUUAAAGCCCUGAAUGGUUUCUGUAGGUCAAAGGUCAUGUGAGGAGAUAGGGGCUUAGGUUUGUCAAGCGCUCUAGGAAAAGGUUUUGAGUGUCAUCCCCAGUGCUAUGUGUGCUGAGCCUGGCUUCAUGUGUCUCAUAUGGCCAUUAGAAGCAGCUUUCCAGUCAGCUGUGUGUCUCCAGGUGCACAAAUUGGUUGCCAUGGGGACCUUGGAUGCAUAACUAUAGCAGGAGAAAGAAGGCUUGAAGCUAAGGAAACAGGACUCCAAGUAGGCCCUGACGCUCAUCCUCUGUAUAUAUAACACAAGACUCUGCUGAACACAUUAAUACAAUUUAUUAUCACAAUCCUCAAAACACCCCAUAAUAUCUUCAAUGAGCUGAAUUUUUGAAGCCCAGAAUGGUUUCUGUAGCUCAAAGUUUGUAGGUGGAGAUAGGUGGUGAAGCAGACACAUAUUAACUGUGUGUACAAGCAGCUGAACUGCAAGGUAGACCUCACAAAGCAACAAGUACAGGAAUGUGUGUGUGUGUGUGUGUGUGUGUCUCGUUAAUGAUUGCAUCCUAAACAGCUGUGAGAUCAAAGCCAUUAACUGACCUAUUGUUUGACUGAGAGGUGCUGAACUGCAGUGAAUUUAGGGCCUGUGAACUUCUUCACAUAGCGUGAUUUCCUUAAGUCUCAGAAUGAAAUAAGAACAUCGUACGAAUCCUCUUUUCUUCAUGAACACAAUGAUGUGUUUUUCAUGUCUGUACUCUGACAAAUGUGGCCACAACAGCGAGUUAAAAAAGUCUGAGCCUGAGUGGCGAUAAGGAUACAUUAGGGCUAAUGGGGAGAGAUUUCCGCCUAUUUGGACGGUUGGUCACCUGCUGGCCAAGGGGUAGGAUUUAAUGAUUUGAAACCUCUUUUGUGAGAAGCAGGACACAUAUACCUCCAUUUUGAUGUAUUUUUUAUGUCUGUGGAGUGAGAUUUGUGGGCGUGGGAGCGAUAUAUUCGAGCGAGGUUCUGUCGAUCAGAGACGAAGUCUGCACUCUAGCUUUUCAAAUCAUCACUCUAGCCUCUCCAAUACACACCCAUUAUAAAGCCUGAUAAUUUGCUGAAAACCACAAGUUGCUUAAAGCUAAAUUGUGGAAGAAAUGUAAAAGAUAUCAAACUGAGUACAACUGUAAUAGUCGACAAGACAAUGAAUAGGCUUCUAGGUGAAAGUAUGCAGAAGUUAUAAGGCUCAGAAGGUGGAAGAAUAACAGGAAGAAUUGGAAGAUUUCCCCAUUGACUUCAAUGUUAGAAUUUUUGCAUAAAAAGUUAAAAAAAUCAAAAAGUAUAAAGGGUAGAAAAGUGAAAAGUAAUAGCCAUCAUGUCCUGAAGGAGAGGAAUAGUUUAAAGUUUGAACGGUUGAAAUCGCACAAAGUGGAGAAGAGUUAUAAAGUGGCAAAAAACGGCGGAAGAAAAAUAAUAAUAUUAAAGAAACAGGAGAAUAACAAUAAGUGGAAAUGCUUAAUCAGCAUUUCCACUUAAUGAGUACUUUACAUUCACAGUGUGAUGUAUUCUUCUAAUAAAGUAGCACACCUAUUUAUAUGUUAGUUUUAAACUUUAAAGAGAGGAAUCUGUGCUCUCUGUUUUGUUUUUGUUUUGUUUUUUUCAGAGACACGGGUAAUCAAAGCAUUAUUAAAAAACCAUUUCAUACUUUAUCAAAGCUACUCAAACCAUAGCAUACUUUCUCAGUGAUUCUUAAAACCUUUAUUCAAAACCAUUUUUUACUUCAUCAAAGUGUUUCUCAAAACUAGGGCUGCACCUUACAAUUUUUUUUUAAUGGAUUUAUCUAGUUUAUCUAAUGGAUUUUUUUAUUAACUGAUUAAUAUAACAAUGAAUUUAACCAAAACAACAAUUUAAAACCUGAAUCUCUUGAAAUCCAGCAAAACAAAACAUUUUGGUUAUAAAAUCAGAGAGAUUUUAGCACAUCCCAGGUGAAAGCGAGAAGUCUGACACAACAGCAGACUGACUGUUUUUCAGUUUUAAUUAGACACUAGUGUAUAGAUGGCUUUCUUUCAUGAUAGCAUGUACUGAGUUGGGGCCAGUACCAGAUAAGCACAUUAAACUAUAAUCCAUAAAUGCGCAUUUCCACUCUUUAAGCCGGGAGCACAGAUGCUUCAUUUUGUAACAUUCUGUAGUUUUUAAAUCAUGUCUAGAGUCGUGGCGAAUCAGGCCAUCAUAGUUGUCUGCCUCUGAUGGGCUAAAAAAGCGCUCGGAUUCAUGCUCGGAUCUUGCUACGUGCUUCGUGAGGAAAGUAAACAAUGACGGAUUCAGAGAGCAGCUUCAGAGGAGAAACAUCCAACAGUGUGAACAAGCUCUUCAUAUUGAGUACUUUGGCUCACACUUUUGGCAUUUUCUGUCUGUGUUGCAUGACUUUGGGUGAGAUCAGACAUGAACACACUGUCAGACACAUAUUUAUUUAUUUAUUUGUUUUAGUUUAGAGCUGCUUUUGUACUGGCACUAUACUGGGGCAGCUGUAUACCCUUUCAACACUUUAUUUUUUAUAUUUACGUUUGUAUUGAAUGGACACUUUAUCAUGACUGCCUCUUGUUUUACAGAAAGCAAAUAGUUUGUUAUUCUCCAGUGCAGAGUCUUUACUUUUAUAUAUACAGCUGCUUUAUUUCGUUUGAGUUUGUUUGUUCAAGGUUUUCAAAAAUGUGAUGAAGGUUCGGAAAAAUAAAAGAUAAUUAUCUUGAAGGCCAUAUAUAUAUAAGCUCUCAAAUACUUUUAGAAUUUUGUUUUAUCUGCUACAGAGGCUGAGAUAUCAGCUUUUUUGUAAACCUCAAUACUACAGAAAGCCUCAGGAUCUGGGGGCCCUUCUCAAAGUUGCCCUCAGGAUUUCAGAGGCGUGGCUCAGACAGGGUUCAGGUCUUAAUGCGUUAUAUGAGGGUGCCAACCGGAGUUCUUUUUUUUUGGAUGAAAUUUCUAAACUUCUCCAUUAAUUUUUAAAUUCUAUUAACUUUUUAAGAACUUUACUAUGAAUUUCUCACAGGGCUUUUUUCAACCAGUAUAUAAAUAUAAAUUUUUAUUGUUAGGUCAUUUGUCUAUGAAAAAGUACAAGGACUAAUGUUUGUUGGAUAUUUAAGUUGACCCAUUGUACACAGCACAAUUUCUUGGCCACUUCAAAGUUAGCAAAAGACAGAAGUCAUUUAUUGUUUCACUCAUCUGAUUCUGGCUGGUUAGUGGAAGACCGGUGUUGUGCCGUAGAAUGCACCCCUGCCGUUGAAUGCAUCCCCUCCACCCAUUAGCUUCUUAAAAUGGAAGACAAUGAUCUCAUAUUUAAAAAAAAACACGAGUAUUAGAUCAUGACAACAUGUCAAAUGGAGCAGCAGUUUUGUUUCUAUAUGUCUCAAAAAUGCACAUACAGAGGUGUACUUGGGUGUAUAAACUGUACAGUAAGCUGUUAAGGUAGAGAACAUUAUAUUUUCGGGACAGCAAAUAUUCCAAAUCUGGGGGCUAUUGUUUUUGGCUUGUCUGAACAGCCUUAAUGAAAUCAUAAAAGGAACAUGCUUUCAAAUCUGUCCAACGGUGAAGAAAACUUGGAUCAUUUCACCUAAAGUACUUUCAACCUCGCUCCGGUCAGGGCAGGGGUGCUUUCUACAACACAACACCGGCGAAGCACGUCAAAGACAGGCACCCAGAUAUUUCUCCUUCAUGAAUCCUGAGGUGUUUAAUCAUGUUGGCCGUGCACCCUCCUUUGCAUGAUAUAACUGUGUUGCUCAUGUUGCACUGAGAUAAGAGUUCAUUCUUCCUGCUAGAGUUAGCCAAACUUUUGACCGCAUUCGUUGUGGGUUGCACUUUCUCUCUCUGCCUCUCUUCUCUCUCUGUGUGGCUUCGUCUCAUACGCUUCAUCCUCAUUGGUGUUCGGCAGCUUCUUCCUCAUUGGUGUUUGGCGGGUUUUUCUUCCGGUUGGCAGAUUACGGCAUCAAAACUUGGGGUGGGAGUUUUAAAAUUUGAACAAUUCCAGGAGAAUCGGAAUGUUAUUCCCGGUCCCCAUCGAUGCUCGAGACUCGAUAUCCAACCCUACUAGCAUGGCAAAUGAACGCCAACAGCUGACAUGGUCUAAAGCUGAGUUUAUAAUAACAGAUUAGCAUUAAUUCUUGUGAAUAAAAGUAUGGCUCCAGAUAUCAGCCCAUAUAUUAGGAGUUUGUCAUUUUUCAUGAGUUUACAGCUUACUAUUCUCGUCUUUGCUCAUGUGUUUCUUGUACUGGUAUCUUGAUUAGCGUGAGUCAUCUCUUAAAGGCUGAAAAAUCCAGAAAUCCAGAAGGAAUCGUGUCUCUGAGAAACACUUAGUUUGUAAGGCUGAAAAAAAUCAGCAGAACUCUCAGUCAAUCUUUGGCCAUUUUUUCAGGCUUUUGAAAAAAUGGAUAAAAGCUUAAACUCAUCCCUAGAUUAUUUGAUACUGGGAAGUAGUUGGAAUUUAAGAGUAUACAUAAUUCACAGUUUAGUUUUGUUAUCUUAGAGCCAAUAUGACAGGAUUAUGUAACAGAAGUGAUUUCUACAAUGUUUCUUAGAGCUAAUUUGAGAACUUCAUUCUGAUGAGUUGUCACAAAAACAUAAUUAGAGCUCAAACAUUCAGUAACAGAAUUAUGCACUAUCCUUUUGUUUCUUUGUCAGUCUCUCUCCCAGCUACAUAGACCUCACAGAGUGUCCGUACAUGUGGCCUUAUUGCUCUCAGCCCAUCUACUACGGAGGAAUGCCCACCAUUGUCAAUGUGACCAUUCUCAAUGGCAUGGGUGUCACUGGCCGGAUUGUUGACAAGGUGCGCGCACACACACGCACACACACGCACACACACACACACAAAGAUACAUAGAUCAAGAAAAAUUAAGGUUUUUUGUUUUUGCUUGUUUUGUUAAAUGAAAUGCUCCUUUGCUAAAAUGUUUUCCUGAGAUCUGUUUUACUUUUUGACAAUUGCUCUUUCUUGUUUAGCCUAUCUGGCAGCCCUACCUGCCCCAGAAUGGGGACCACAUUGAUGUGGCUGUCUCAUACUCACCUGUGCUGUGGCCGUGGGCCGGCUACCUGGCUGUUUCUAUCUCUGUGGCCAAGAAGGCUGCAUCAUGGGAGGGGAUUGCUCAAGGUCACGUGAUGGUCACAGUGGCAUCACCUGCAGAAAAUGAUGUGAGUACCUGCACAAACACCUCAGUUUAUAAGUUUAUACAGUUGAUAAUGGAUAAUUUCCAGAUCCUGAUAAGGAACUUGUUACAUUUAUCAGAGGAGGCCCGGUCUACACUAAAGGAAGUUUGGAUAUUUGUUUUUACUCCUCAAAUACUAAAUGAACCUUUUUUCUUCUGUUGCGCAGCUCUUGAACAUUUUCUUCCUUUAUCCUGUUAAUUAUAAGCUUCCCAUGUGAAAGACACUGAGCUGCACCCUCUAGCAUUGACUUCUUUUCUCCCCCGCAGUCUGAAGUGGGCGGUGAGCUGACCUCCACAGUCAAACUGCCAAUCAAGGUGAAGAUUGUGCCGACACCCCCACGCAGUAAGAGGGUGCUGUGGGAUCAGUAUCACAACUUACGCUACCCACCUGGCUAUUUUCCCAGAGACAACCUCCGCAUGAAAAAUGAUCCACUUGACUGGUGUGUGUCUGUCGAUGUUUACCUGGUAUUUUUAAUUUUUUUUCACCACACUUUAGUUUUUGUAUUCACAUGGAAAAUCUUCAAAUAUUUCCAGGAAUGGAGAUCAUAUCCACACCAACUUCAGAGACAUGUACCAGCACCUGAGGAGUAUGGGCUACUUUGUCGAAGUGCUUGGAGCCCCUAUCACCUGCUUUGAUGCCAGCCAGUAUGGUGAGAACACAGCAACAGAUGUUCUCUCAUGACUGGGAUGUUCUCUCAUGACUGGGUAAGAGCUUACAGAUUAACGGGUUGUUCUGUCUUUGCAGGCACACUGCUGAUGGUGGACAGUGAGGAGGAGUAUUUUCCAGAAGAGAUCACUAAACUGAGGCGGGACAUUGACAACGGCCUGUCACUCAUAGUUUUCAGUGACUGGUACAACACCUCAGUUAUGAGAAAAGUCAAGUUCUAUGACGAAAACACCAGGUAUGAAGCUUUUACUGAGCCUUACCCACUAUUGGUUACUGAUAUGAAAGCAAAAUUAACACAUUUAAUGACCAAGAUUAUGUGGCUCACAAUGAUAUGUAUACAGUAUGUAUAUGAAUACAAGUGGACAACUCUAAGCAUAGAUGUACACACCUGGCCGGAUUGUGGGCCUCCAGGUAAGUUUCUAGUGAUAGCCCUCACUCAUCCUGGUUAGUCUUUUGAUAUGACAACAAUUGGUAAAGCACAAAAGGUGGGAGGACUGUGAUCAUGUGACCAAGUGGUACAAAUGAGCAGCAGGCCAUCCCAGACUGCAGUGAUAUCAGGGAAAACUUCAUUUCAUUAAGAGUCCGGAUGUUCCCUUACAGUUAGCAGCUCAUCACUGACUGAAAAUGACAACACUGCAGACCAGAGCUCUCUCUCGGUGCUCCUGCUCCCUCCCACUAGGGCUGGGUGAUAUGGCCUCAAAUCAAUGUCACGCUAUAUUGAGCAGUUCACCUCGAUAACUACUCCACAAGCUGCUCACACCCUCCCACAUUAACUUUGUCUACUUCAGCUGCUACAACUUUUGAACCGUCCUCCAUCUCCUCACCUGUCUUUCCCUCUUUGUUACGGACUGGAUGAGGUGGCGUCCCGUCUCUGACGUAGGACAGUGUCUUAAAGGGGCAUGAGACCAUAGCCUACCUACACAUAUCCAAAACCAACUUUUUUUUUUUUUUGACACCCAAUAUAUUGACACGAGCAAAAUGGCGUCGGUUAUUGUCUUAAAUUUCAGUAUCUGUAAAUUUUCAGUUUAUCACUCAGUCCUACCUCCCUCUGACCAAAGACAUGCUAGUCUGGUGAAUGUGCCACUCUUAAAAGUCUCUGUAGGUGCAAGUGUGGAGUUCAAGUUUGUCUUUCUAUGUCACAGACUGCUCCAGUCACUUGUGAUUCUAUACUUCUUGUUCUGUUUGAGGAAGUUGUUAAACUGCAAGUGAAGCCUUGCUCUGAUGUACCCAGGCCUUUAUGUAUUAUUCCUGUAAAAAUACAUUUGCAUAGCCUAAUAGCCUAGGUCACUGAUCAUGAACCCUUGAAGCCCCAGCAACAACAAUGAUAAUAAAAACCUUCAACCCCCCCACAGUGUCUGAUAUGGACAUGAUGAUGUCUGUUUUGCUGAAGUGGAGCAGAAAUGAGUUGAUAGACCAACAGAUCAAACCACUUCGUUAGAUUUAUUUAACAAAAAAAAAACUACCCCCCUGUCAAAAAAAUAUAACAUUUUUUCAUUCAAUAAUGUCAUUUUAUUUUUUGUACAACCCUGUAGUUCCCGGGAAAAGGUUGGUGGCCUCAGGGUUGAGAAACAAUGGCCCUGGAUGAAAGGUAGUCAGAGAUGAUUGUCUCCUUGUUCUGCAGGCAGUGGUGGAUGCCAGAUACAGGGGGCGCUAACAUACCAGCUCUGAAUGAUUUGAUCUCAGUGUGGGGAAUGGCUUUCAGUGAUGGGCUUUAUGAAGGAGACUUCACUCUGGCUGAUCAUGACAGUAAGACCCACACUCAUAUAAACACUGGCAUUACUCCUCUCUUUUUACUGAGUCAUGUUUGAUGAAAUUUAAGAUGCUCUCUCUCUCUCUCUCUCUCUCUCUCUCUCUCUCUCUCUCUCUCUCUCUCUCUCUCUCUCUCUCUCUCUCUCUCUCUCUCUCUCUCUCUCUCUCUCUCUCUCUCUCUCUCUCUCUCUCUCUCUCUCUCUCUCUCUCUCUCUCUCUCUCUCUCUCUCCCUCCCUCCCUCCCUCCCUCCCUCCCUCCCUCCCUCCCUAUCUAUCUGUCAACUGUAGUGUACUACGCCUCAGGCUGCAGUAUCGCCCGUUUCCCGGAUGAUGGGAUCGUGAUUGCCAAGAAUCUAAAGGACCAGGGUAACAGCAUCUGACUUAGAUUAUUGACCAAGCACAAUGCAGCAGACUGCUGGCCAAGAGAGAACUUUCCAGUCAGUUUUGCUGUAAAAGUAAAACCUAAGUGUGUGUGUGGUUUUUUUGUUUUGUUUUGUUUUGCAGGUCUGGAAGUGUUAAAGCAGGAAACAGCCGUGGUGGAAGGAGUCCCUGUCCUGGGUCUGUACCAAACACCGUCAGAUGGGGGAGGUCGAAUCGCUCUGUACGGGGAUUCGAACUGUAUAGACGACAGCCACAGACAGAAAGGUAGCCUCUCUGAGCAUCUCUUGAUGAUGUUUGAGUAUUUCACUUGUUCCAACCAAACUGCAUAACUGGGACACCUUUUGUGUGUGAUCCCUCAGACUGUUUCUGGCUGCUAGACGCUCUCCUUCAGUACACUUCAUACAGUAUGACCCCUCCCAGUCUGAGCCACUCCCACAGCAGAGUAACACCACCCACUGGUACAGACCGCUCACUGCCACAGAGACUAGAAGGUAAGGAGGGAUAUUAGAGGGAUAUUGGGAUAUUAUUGGGGUUGGGAUGUGUUAUGGGAUAAAAAGGUAAAGGAGAAUGCUUAGAACAGAUUAAGUGCAGAUUUUAGAUCAACCAGUGUUUACUUCACUUAAUCAACGUUUGGUACUUUCUGUAUGAAUUUAACUUUUUAUUUGGAUUCUUAGUGAUAUUACUCACAAGGUUAUCCACUGAUGUUACUAGUGAGGAACCAACCCCAAUUACAGUGGUCAAGCUGAUUGACUUUAUUGUCUUUUUUGUUUUUGCACAUAUUUACUAAUUUUGAAUUGAUUCCUGCAACAAGUUCCAAAACAGCUGAAACAGGGUCAUGUUAACGGCUGUGUUACAUUAUCUUAUCAUUUAACAACACUCAGUAAGUGUUUGGGAACUGAGGAAACUUUAAAACUUUAGAGAUGAAACUCUUUCCCAUUCUUACUUGAUUUGCAACUGCAGUUACUCAACAGUCCAGGGUCUACACUGUCAUAUUUUGGCUUCAUAAUGCUCCACACAUUUUCAGUUAGAGGCAGUUCUGGACUGCAGGUUGGUCAGUCUAGUACCUACCCCCUUUUAAAUUGAAGUCACGCUGUUGUAACACAUACAGAAUUUGUCUUGCCAUUGUCUCACUGAAAUAAACAGUGAUGUCCCUGAAAAAGACGUUGCUUGAAUGGCAGCAGAUGUUGCUCCUAAACUUGUAUGUACCUUUCAGCAUUAAUGGAGGCUUUGCAGAUUUGACAGUUAGCCAUGGACACUAACACACCUCCAGACCAUCACAGAUGCUGGCUUUGAACUUUGACCUGAGAACAGUCCGGAUGGUCCUGAAGGACAAAAAAAUAUCACUGUGGACUCAUCAGACCACAGCACACUUUUCUAUUUUACAUCAGUCCAUCUCAGAUGAGCUUAUGUCCAGUGAAGCUGGUGGCUUAUCGGGCUGUUGUUGAUAUCUGGCUCUGGGUUUGCAUGGUAGAGUUUGAACUUGCAGACAGAAUCUGAUGCAGAAGUUUAGUCACCUCUCUCUAACAUCAACAAAGGCACAGAGCUCCUGCACCCGGCACUGGUUUGGCUCCUGACCGAAGCCCUUUGCUGUGAUUCUAUUCCCCGUAUUUCUAGUCUCUCUUCAGCUACGCUGUCAAUAAAGAUCAAAGUAUAUAUAUUUUUACUUUUUCCACAAAGACUCUUUGUAUUUACCACCUUUAAGUACACUGCAUGUACGUUAUAUGAGACAAAGUGCACUCCUCUGUUGAUGAGCAGCUACACCUCUCAUCACAAAGUAAUGAAAACUGAUAGGUAAAGGUUUUGAAAGUAUUUUCAUAUCCAUCCAUGCAGUUUGAUAAUGCAGUAGAUGCACUCAAUAUGGAAACUUGCCAUUUGUGUAGUCUCUGCAUGAAAGUGCACGGUCUGAGUUUCUUAAAAAAGAAUGUAAUCAUACAUCAUGUUGAUGUUGAUGACAACAGGACGCACCAAUACAACAGUCUCUCUAGGUUAGUAGAUCGUGGCCCUUUUUUUUUUUUAACAAUUUAUGAUAUAGUAUAAUCAUAUCACCAAGCCCUAUAUUUCUGUUCAAACAAAACAAAGUGGAAUCAUGGUGCAGUUGUUUGGUUUGAACAUUGAGGGUCUCUCUCUGUUGGUUGGUUAUAAGAUUUGAAUAUGUUGUUCAUGGUUUUAUUUGAGUUGAUCUUUGUGGAGUUGUGUGCUGUCAUGAUUUGUGCAACAAUGUGUUAUUUACUUCAUGAACCUGGCAAAAGGCCAGAUGUUUCAGUGGUGAUUUAGUUUCAGAGUCACUGAACUUGAACCAUGUGAGCUGCAGCCAUACUUUGUGUUCGGAUGUGAUGUGUUCCUGAUGGACUUUGGAGUGUAGCAUUUAAAAAAGCUGACAGUUUUUUUAUUGAAGAAAGUGAUGAACUGUUUCAAAAAGCAAUUUAACCGGCUGUGCUCUGAGUAUUUUCUUACCUUUAGACUAAUUGACUAGCCUGAAAUUAAAUUUCCAUUUCAUCAGGGAAAUUAGUCAGCAGGAACAUUUCACAGUCUUAGUUCUGCAGCAAAGAGUGAUAGUGAGUGAAAUAUUUGACUGUUAAAAAAGCAGGACUGGAUUCUGAUUUGAAAAAUAAAAAUAAAAAAACACAAAAACUGAGCAAGACAAAAUCAGUAAGAAGAUGAGAGAGACUGCUUUGUCCACAGGAGCCGGAAAAUUCAACACAGUUCCUCAUUGGUGCUUCAAAAGCUCCUUUUUUCUGUUUUCUGUCAGACAGAGACUUGAGUGUUUUAAUGACACGUGCAAGAGCUUAACAGAUAAUCUUGUGUAUGUGGCAGUUGUGUUACAUCUCUUUUAUUUCAUUUGUCUGCACGAUAAAUAGUUUUUAAAACCUAAUCAGAUUGUUUGACUAUGAUGAUGUUAAAAAAAAUAUUAAAUUGUCAAAAUUGAUUUUCCUCUCUAUCGUGUCUCGCGCCUCCAGGCCACCAUAGGUUCCCUCUUUCUGCGGGAGCGCUCCUCUGUUCCCACACACACCAGUGUAUACAAACAUGGUGUUUGCAAAAGAAGGCGAUAAUUUCAUGGCUAAAUAGGGCAAGAGCAAGUCAGUCGUGUGGAAUUGGUACGGCUUCACAGUUUAUGAUGAAGAGCAAACCACUCCCCGCUGCAAAGUCUGUCUGAAGGCGGUAUCAAACCGUCCACACGGAAACAAAUUCAGGAGUAAAAGCAAAAGUUUUUUGUCAUAUUGGCAUUUCAUCCACACAGAAACUGCGUUUCAGGGGCCUGUUCUACGAAGCAAGUUCAAUCAUGCAGCCCUAUUGUUUCACCAACCAUUUCUCCCAAUAUCUUAAUGUAAAAAUGAGGACCAUGACAAGCCCUGCAACAGCAUUUUUUUUAGAUGAAAUCUCACUGUUAGGUGCCAUGUGCGAUUCACACGGCUCUUCACUUUAUGUGCCCUGCAGUUGAGGCAUAAAAAAACAAGUCACAUAAGAAGAGAAACUGUCAAGUUUUGUGUUGCAUGAAAGAAGUGGCACAGUGUAACAGGUCUUGUAAUGUGACUUCUGCAUAUGUGCACAUCACAAUUGCAAAUAUUGAAGAACUUCUUGUGCAGCCAAAGAAUCAAAGUCUUAAAGUCACACUGAUUAUUGGUCAGUUGCACAUAGCACAUAGUUAGCCAGCCUACUCCAUGUGUAGAGCAUGACAGUGUCACAUCAAGGCAGACAAAAACCAAAAGAGUGGGGCCAUGUGCUGAAAGAGAUGAACAUUAUACAGCAGGUGAGUGUGUGUGAGAGAGAAACAGGACUGAGGGAAUGAUGCAGGAGGACUUUUUUUAUACAGUAGCUGUAGGUGUCCGCAUGCAUCAUCCAUGUGUGGGAAACACUGAGUUAUUUUUGCUUUUUUUUUCAGGCAAUCAUCUUUACCGCUACUCCAAGGUUCUGGAGGCUCACCUUGGAGACCCUAAGCCCCGCCCACUACCAGCCUGCCCCCAUCUGUCUUGGGCAAAACCACAGCCCGUCAAUGAGACAGCACCAAGGUAGAUCUUCUUUUUUAUCUAUCCUAUCUGUUUUAAUGUCGUGACAGACACCAGCUCUAAAUUCAACAGGAGAAGGGGUUUCUGUGGGUGAUAUCUGGUUUCUUUGUGCCAGUGCUCCUUGCUAACUUAUAGGGCAUUGUAUUUGUCAUUACAUUUGAAAGAGACUACUGGGAGUUACUGUCUGGUGCACACUGCCAUAGUUUCAGUUUGAGUUACUUCCCCUCAGUCGCAGCACUGUGGAGAUGAAGAGGCAUGUCACCCUAUGAUGGGCAACUAAUCUAAUCUCUUUCUCUUGCUCUCUUUACUCUGUCUCUUUUCAGUAACCUGUGGAAGCACCAGAAGCUUCUUUCAGUGGAUCUGGACAAAGUGGCUCUACCUAAUAUGAGGGCCUACCGCCCCCAAGUCAGACCUCUGUCCCCUGGGGAGAGUGGGGCCUGGGACAUCCCUGGAGGUAAUCCAGUGUUUCCAGCGAGUUAUUCAUCUCGAGCAUUAGUCACAGAAAUCAGGAUUUCAUUUGUGGUUUUUCACGGUGUGCAAAAUGUUGCAUCUCUUAGUGUUGAACUGUAACACUUCAUGACAAGGUGUUAUAAAUCUACAGUAAGAGUAUAGUAAGAUAUAUUUGUCCCAGACCAGUUUUCGACUUACUUUACACCGUUGAUUCUCUGAGUGUUCACUGUUCACAUACAUUUUGUAACACAUAAAAGAGCUUGCUUGUUGUCAAUACAGCACAAAGGUCCUGAAGUUUUAUGUUCAGGAGGAUCUGAUCCUGUGCCCGAUGAGCUAGCACAAAGUAUGAAGUCUAAACUAACAUGGCAGGGAAACAAAAAAGAGGAUAUUGGAUUGUGUAGGAAUAAUAUUUGGCAUCGACCAAGUGUUACCCUCUCCCUCUCUCCUCAGGGAUAAUGCCGGGCCGCUAUAACCAAGAAGUGGGUCAGACCAUCCCUGUGUUUGCCUUCCUUGGAGCUAUGGUAGUCCUGUCAUUUUUUGUGGUCCAGUUGACAAAGACCAAGAGCAAACCCAAGCGCAGGAAACCCCGCAUCAAGCGGCCAACAUACCUCCAGCAGCAACAGCAAACAAUGGGGAAAAAUCCCACGGUUUGACAUGGACUGCAUUUCUAAGCAGCGACUGGAGAGCUGGAUUUACCUCUGAUACUGAGACGUUGAUGAGUUGAGCAGUGUCAUUGGAGGUGUAGAAUCCUAUGGACUCUCAUGGACUGUCAUGGCAGACGUCUGACUGUUUGGAUCCCAUGCUUGUUGGACACAAUCGUAUUUGGCCUCCUGGAGGCUUCAACAGUUUUUGUGCCUCUUGUCUUCUCAAGGCUGUCAGUGGGUGUUUGUGGGUGUUUGUCCUAAUAAGCAGUAUUACAAAGUGUUCAACACAUGUUGUAUUACACACACAACACAGACCUCGCCCUACAAAAGCCUUUUUGAGACAUACUUGUCAUUAGCAUUUUCUCCUCUCUUCUUCGACCAAACUUUUUCUCUAUGAAUGAAAUGUGUUUGACUUUUAUAUUUAUUGAAUUUGUUUGUACCUAAACACAAACACACAUCCCCAGUGGUUUCAUACUCCCACACAGACACACUAAAAUACUAUAAAUACCAUAAACACUUCAAGAAUAAAGUAAAUGGCAUAAACAUGGAAAAACACAUCUCACGCACAUGCAGACAUUUCUUACUUGAGGACCAUUGAAUAUUCAAGUUGUCUCAUCCCAUGCCGCCAUCCACAUUUAAGUGGUCCAGCCCAUAUCUGUGUCAAAUGACUGUCUGUGAUUCUUUUACAUUUUAUAUCAUGAAUGGACUUGGGCAUGAGUUCCAGACAUUCUGUUGAUAUCCUGUUUCAUGAUCUCAUGGUCAACAAAGUAGCAUUGCAAGACUUGUUUGAAUAUAUCUCAUCAAUUAAAACGCAUAAUCAAAGUCAUCUGCUC